ACGGCGCCGGGGGUGCCGAGGGCAGGCGGCCGGGGGGCGGGAGAGCGGGCGCGGAGGUGCGCGCCGGCACCUGGCUCGGCGCCCCGCUUCGCUGCCGGAAGCUCGGCGUGGCCGUUGGGGCGGUUGGAGGAGGCGGGCGAGCGUUGACCCCGGUCCCGCCCGGAGGAGGAGGGGGGAGGAGAUGCCUACAUAGAAGGGUGGCAGCAGCUGGACUAAAUGUUUCCCUGCUGAACUGGUUCCUCAGGUAUCCUGGCUCGGGCAAUUGCUAUGGGAGAUUGGAUGACUGUUACAGAUCCAGGUCUGUCUUCAGAAAGCAAAAAUAUCUCUCAGUAUACCUCAGAAACAAAGAUGUCUCCAUCAAGUUUAUACUCACAGCAAGUGCUAUGUUCUUCAAUACCGUUAUCAAAAAACGUGCACAGUUUUUUCAGUGCCUUCUGCACAGAACAGAACAUUGAACAGAGUAUUUCAUAUCUUGAUCAGGAAUUGACUACUUUUGGUUUUCCUUCAUUGUAUGAAGAAUCCAAAGGUAAAGAGACAAAGAGAGAAUUAAAUAUAGUUGCCGUUUUAAAUUGUAUGAAUGAGCUACUUGUACUUCAGCGGAAGAACCUUCUGGCUCAGGAAAAUGUGGAAACACAGAAUCUGAAACUGGGAAGUGAUAUGGACCAUCUACAGAGCUGCUAUGCAAAACUUAAGGAACAACUGGAAACCUCCAGGAGAGAAAUGAUUGGGCUUCAGGAAAGAGACAGACAGUUACAAUGCAAGAACCGGAAUUUGCAUCAGCUACUGAAAAAUGAAAAAGAUGAGGUACAAAAAUUACAAAAUAUCAUUGCAAGUCGAGCCACUCAGUAUAAUCAUGAUAUGAAGAGAAAAGAGCGUGAAUAUAAUAAACUAAAGGAACGUCUACAUCAACUUGUUAUGAACAAGAAGGAUAAAAAAAUAGCUAUGGAAGUUUUAAAUUAUGUGGGGAGAGCUGAUGGAAAAAGAGGCUCCUGGAGGACUGGUAAAACUGAAGCCAGUUUCUUUCUCAGGAAUGAAGACGAAAUGUAUAAAAUUCUCUUGAAUGAUUAUGAAUAUCGUCAGAAACAAAUCCUAAUGGAAAAUGCUGAACUUAAGAAGGUUCUUCAGCAAAUGAAAAAGGAAAUGAUUUCUCUUCUUUCUCCCCAAAAGCAGAAACCUAGAGAAAGAGCAGAUGAUAGUACAGGAACUGUUCUCUCUGAUGUUGACGAAGAUGCUGGGGAACUGAGUAGAGAGAGUAUGUGGGACCUUUCCUGUGAAACUGUGAGAGAGCAGCUAACAAACAGCAUCAGGAAACAGUGGAGAAUUUUGAAAAGUCACGUAGAAAAACUUGAUAACCAAGUUUCAAAGGUACAUCUAGAAGGUUUUAAUGAUGAAGAUGUAAUCUCACGGCAAGACCACGAGCAAGAAACUGAAAAACUCGAGUUAGAAAUUCAGCAGUGUAAAGAAAUGAUAAAAACCCAGCAGCAACUUUUACAGCAGCAGCUCGCUACCACGUGUGAUGAUGAUACCACUUCACUACUGCGAGACUGUUAUCUGUUGGAAGAAAAGGAACGCCUCAAAGAAGAGUGGUCUCUAUUUAAAGAGCAAAAAAAGAAUUUUGAGAAAGAAAGACGAAACUUUACAGAAGCUGCUAUUCGCCUAGGAUUAGAGAGAAAGGCAUUUGAAGAAGAAAGAGCCAGUUGGUUAAAGCAACAGUUUUUAAAUAUGACUACCUUUGACCACCAGAACUCAGAAAAUGUGAAACUUUUCAGUGCCUUCUCAGGAAGUUCUGAACAGGACAAUCUUACAGUGCACUCAAGGCCACGGCAGAAGAAGCCUCACAGUGUGUCCAGCGGGUCUCCAGUGUGCACGUCUACACUGACUAAAUCCCUUCCUGCUUCUCCUUGCACUUCAGACUUUUGCCCGACACGUUCCUGUGUGUCUGAACAUAGUUCGAUCAGUGUACUGAAUAUAACUCCUGAAGAAACUAAACCAAAUCAGGUUGGAAGAGAAUGUACAAAUCAGAAAUGGAGCAUGGCAUCAAGACCUGGGUCCCGGGAAGGUUGCUAUAGUGGAUGCUCCUUGACCUACACAAACUCGCAUCUAGAAAAAGAUGACUUACCUUAGACACAUGGACUGAGAUCUUUUUCAUUAACAUGUUCGUCAAAUGUCACAUCUAAGUUGAAACAGGGUGUGUCAUAAAGUCAAUCAUCCAAUAAUAUAAGAUGGUCUGAGUUGUUUUUCUGGACUUCCCUGUUCCUCCCCCAAAGAGCUAAAAUGUUAAAUCUAUUUAAAAGGAUAUAGAAGCUUUGGAUAUGUAUUUUUAGUAACAGAAGCAUCUGGUUCUGUGAAUAAAGGAAUGUAUGGAUGUUUGGAUGGAAACAAAAGCACUAGAAUGAGUUUCCUCUUAUAGGUAUGAAAAUAGCACUUUUAGGAAACUGAUUAUUGUAAAUGUUUAAUUUUGUCUCAUAUAUAGUUGACAUUGGAAGUUUAGCCUUUACUUGAAUGUAUACUGUAGAUUUUCAACAAAGCAAGUUCUAUAUUUAUUAUGUUUAGUGUGAUUUGAAAUUUGCUCUUUCAUGUUUUAAAUAAAGUGAAAUUUAUGUAUGUUUUGUACAUAGAUAUACAUGAUUAUGUUAAGAGGCUUUAAGAUUUAAAAAUUUUACACAUCCAUAAUUAUAGUAUUUCAUGCCAAUAAAUUUUUUUAGUGAUAUUCUGUUUACAGAUGUAUUAGAGCCAUUGCCACAUUACGUUUAAGAAUUUUUGAACCCAUCUGAGCAAUAAAUACU